UGUUUCCAAACACACCCUAUGGUCACAUGACCUAUAUAUUGGCUAGUCUUGUCUUCCUUUCUUUCUCACCCUUCCAUUUUAUUUCUCAUACACUCUUUACUUAAUACUCUGUGUUCUGUGAUAAAUUAAACCCCUCCUAUGAUGGAGAAGAUUCAACACAGUCACGUGGAAGUGAAGGGACUGAAGUUGCACGUGGCAGAGAUUGGAAUUGGCUCCAAGGCAGUGGUAUUUUUGCAUGGUUUCCCAGAGAUCUGGUACACAUGGAGGCACCAAAUGAUUGCUGUGGCAAACGCUGGUUAUAGGGCUAUUGCCUUUGAUUUCAGAGGCUAUGGACUCUCUCAGCAUCCACUUCACCCAGAAAAGGAAACAUUGAUUGACCUGGUUAAUGAAAUUGUGGGUCUUUUGGAUGCUUUAAACAUCAGCAAGGCUGUCCUUGUUGGAAAGGAUUUUGGUGCCUUCCCAGGACACCUUACAACUGCAAUGCACCAAGAAAGAGUAGCUGCUAUCAUAACUUUAGGCAUUCCUUUCAUGCUUCCGGGUCCCCUUGCAGUAGAAGGCCACCUUCUGCUCCCCAAAGGCUUUUAUAUUAAUAGGUGGCGGGAGCCUGGGAGGGCAGAAGCAGAUUUUGGCCGUUUCCCUGUGAAAUCAGUGAUAAGAAACAUAUACACUCUCUUCUCUAAAAGUGAGCUGCCAAUAGCACCUGAUGAUAAAGAAAUCAUGGACUUGUUUGACCCUUCUACUCCCUUGCCUCCAUGGUUCUCCGAGGAAGACCUUGAAACCUAUGCAUCAUUGUAUGAAAAAUCUGGAUUCAGUUAUGCAUUGCAGGUUCCUUACAGGUGCAUGAAUGUGGAUGCUGGCUUAAGUGAUGUAAAAGUUACUAUUCCAGCACUUCUGAUAAUGGGUGAGAAAGAUUAUGUGUACAAGUUUCCAGGCAUGGAGGACUAUAUUCGAAGUGGGGCAGUGAAAAAUUUUGUGCCUGGCUUGGAAAUCGUACAUAUUCCAGAAGGAAGCCAUUUUGUGCAUGAACAAAUGCCAGAGAAGGUGAACCAGCUCAUCAUUGAGUUCCUUCACAAACAAAGUAUCUGAAUUGAAUGAAUGUUUGCUUUCAGGCUAAAAGCUACUACGUUGUACGUUGAGGUUUGGUGUGAUAUCUAGGCGAAUAAUGUUUGAUUCAUCACGUUAUUUUUUUUCUGUAUGAUCCGUAUUGCUUGUAUUAUGUCAAAUUAUGUAUGACAUAGAGAGAUGAAAGUCUGUUUGAUAAUGUGUGUAAAGAAAUUAAGAAAAUAUGAAUGAUGUGAAACUUGAGGACUCUUUGGAUGA